AUGAGACACAAUCUGGUGUGUCAGACACCUCCUACUGUCACGGUUCAUGUAAAAUCAAGUGCAUCCAGAUCACAUCAGCAAAAAAGCCUUAUUAGACUAAAGCGGCCUACUUUUAAAGACCAUGAAGAAAAUUGUGAAAAAAAGGUUCCUAGUCAUAAAUACAAAUGUCCAAAGGGACCAUGUCUAGUUAUUCAGCGUCAGGAAAUGACAGCUUUCUUUAAAUUAUUUGAUGAUGAUCUAAUCCAAGACUUCCUUUGGAUGGACUGUUGCUGUAGAAUUGCGGACAAGUAUCUCUUGGCAAUGACUUUCGUUUAUUUCAAGAGGGCUAACUUCACAGUAAAUGAGCAUACCAGAAUCAAUUUCUUUGUCGCUCUGUAUCUGGCAAAUACAGUUGAAGAAGAUGAUGAAGAAUCAAAGUAUGACAUUUUCCCAUGGGCCUUGGGAAAAGCCUGGAGAAAGCUCUUCCCUGAUUUCUUAAAGUUAAGAGAUCAACUAUGGAGUAGAAUUGACUACAGGGCUAUUGUAAGCAGACGCUGCUGUGAAGAGGUGAUGGCUAUUGCUCCAACGCAUUACGUAUGGCAGCGAGAACGUUCUAUACACCACAGCGGAGCUGUGAGAAACUACGAUGAUCAAGUACAGCUGCCCCGUGGACCUAGUGCUACUCCUACAGACUGCCUGCUUUGUGGUAAGAAGGGAAGAUUUGUACGACUAGGAUUAUCAUCAUCUUCCUCCUCAUCUACUGGCACUUUGGAGAUGACAGAAUUACAUUCAUCCCAGAAUUUGAAGGACAACUUUCCAGAUGAGAAAAUGCUCGUUGACUCUCCUUUUUCUUAUGCCCAAGACUGUCAGAGCCUGUCCAGCAAAAGGAGACCAGGUAGCACCUUGAACCAAGACAAAUCCAUGGAUUGGUUUAUGAAGAAUGAAAUACACCCAAUGAGAUAGAAAGAGAUAUUGUCCUUUGCGGAACAAUGUGUUG